AUGUCGCUUUUCUACAAUAAUCCAUUCAUCAAUGAAACUCAGAGAGAACAAGCAGUCAAGGAGGCUGCUGCGGCAAUCCGGACCCGGCAGAGCCUUCCUGAGUCUGAACAGCAGUCUCAGCAUGCCAUUGCUGACAGAUAUGGCGUCCCACUCAGUACUGUCCAAAAUAGACUCAGUGGGGUGGUCUCAAAAGCUCAAUCAAAUGCAGCAAAAGCGCAUUUCAGCACUGCUGAAUCCAAUUUGGUGGUGGAGCUAAUCUUGUAUAUGGCUGAAAGGGGCUUUCCACUCACUAAGGACCGUCUUGAAGAGCUUGCAAACAUUAUACUCCUUGCAAAGCAUUGUGGAAUGGGUUCGCUUUCAGAAAUCAUUGAUACAGAUGCGCUUUUCACAGUGAAUUCCGAGUUGGCAGCCACUGCCCCUGUGGUUGGCAAAAACUGGGCCAAGAGAUGGCUUUUGGACUAUUCUGACAAGAUAAAAGAAUACAAGGCAAGACACCUUGACUCUGUUCGAGCCAAUGCGCUCAAUCCAGCAUCAGGAAAAAGGUCGAAGGCCCUUAGCAGCCUUUAG